AUGGCAAACAAGUACAAAGAGCUACAGUACCAAUGUCCUGUACCCACCAGUUCCUUGAUCAAAAGGCAAGUGGGUACCCCGGCAGGGCAGGGAAACGCAGAGGCCGUGCAGAGGCUUCGCAUCAAGGCAGAUGACACCCUGCCACGGUUCAGCGAUGCGAAGCAGACGCUGUUCAAGGCCGGUGCCACGCAGCCAAGUUUCGCUUGCGAUGGCACCGACGACUCUCUGGCGGAAGAGCCGCCGAAGAUUGGAUUCCGUUUGGGGUCCUUGGCCAUCGAGAAACGGAUCAUGGCAGCGACCAGCCCUCACAUGGCUCCGGCGCCUGCGCAGCCUGCGCAGUCUGCAUGGAGUGUCACCAAGCAGAUCAACGCACAUGCGAAAGCGGCCCAGUGGCGCGAGGCCCUCGGCCUGCUGCAUGUUGCCUCGGAAGAGCGGUUGGAAGCAGAUCGGGUGAUGCUAGGUGCUACCAUCAGCGCCUGUCAUCGAGCGUCGCAGUGGCGGCCAGGCUUGUCCUUGCUGCUGGAUGCGGCGAAGCAACGACUCGCCGAUGACAUCGCCUUCAACAUGGUCAUAGCGAGCUGUGAGCACGCAGGACUGUGGGAGCAGACCUUGGAAUUGCUGCGUCAGACCGGACGUUUGCAGGGAAGAUCAUCCCACGGUGUUCGUGGCGCCAUCGCUGCCUGCCGCCGCGCAGAACAGUGGCAAUGGGUCCUGCAGUUGUGGGCGGACAACGGAGAGGGCAGAGAGGAUGCUGAGAUGCGAAAUUCGGUGCUGCGGGCCUACCAGCGAGCAUCCUGGUGGCAAGACGCCACACAACUUCUGAGCAGCCUCCAGCAGCCCAACAGCAAGGACAUCGCCAUUGGUCUCCAGGCCGCAUCGGGGCAAGCACCGCAAGUGCUUGCGCUGCUGCAGCGGAUGAGGGAGGGGCAGCUACAGGCAGAUUUGAGGAUUUACACCACAGCUAUGGCCGGAUGUGUUGAAGGCCGGGACUGGCAAUCUGCCUUGUGUCUUUUCGAAGACGCGGAGACCAAUCUGCGACCGGAUCAGCAGCUGCUGGAAGUGUCGCUGGGCGCCUGCGCGGUGGGCGGUCAAUGGCAGCUGGCCAUUGAGCUCCUGCAGCGGUGUCGUUGGGGGCCGGAUAGACCUGGAAUUUUCUACUACAACAAAGCUUUGGCUUCCUGUCAUUCAGGUGCAUGGACAGUGGCGGUGGAGCUCCUCUCACAGGCAUUUGAACGAUCUGUGCAAAGUAAUGUGGUAUCCUACCGCGAGGUGAUGAAUUCAUGUGCUUCUGCACGGGCUUGGAUGAUGGCCAUCGAGCUCCUGCGCCUGGCGCCCCGCGACGUCGAGCUGCGCCGCCUAGCGCAACGCGCUGUAGGCGGCGCGCGACCGCGCGCGGCGCUGCAGCUGCUGCGGCAGCUGCGCUGCGGGCGAUGCACGGACACGAGAGCGUUCAAUGACGCCAUGGUGGCCUGUAAGGCCUCCUGGCGUGUGGUGUUGGAGGUGAUGGAUGAGAUGCAGCUUGCAGAACUCCACCCGGAUGAAGUGACUUACCUGGCCUUGGUGCAAGCCUUGAAGGGCUCCAAGAAGUGGAUGUUACCGCAGAUAUUUCAAAAGGCCAAAGCGCAAGGUGUUCAGAUGCUUCCUAGAGCCUACAAGUUGUCCAUCAGGGCCUGCGCAGAGGCUGCUCAGUGGCAACAGGCCAUGUCUUUUCUGGAGGAAGCGGAGGGGCACUUCGGUUCCAUGGAUGCUGGCACAUUGACAAGUAUCUCCAAGUAUAGCUGGCGCCACACGCUGCACCUCAUAUCUCUGCUGCGCAAGCGCAAGACCACGCCGGAGAAGUGGCUGCAACAUCAAGCGGUGCAGACCCUUCAAGAGGCUUCGAGGCCCAGGGAGGCGUUGCAGCUUAGGGCGAUAUGGGCCACAUGGGAAGGUGCUUUGCAGCUCUUCUCCAAUUGGCGAGAAGCCAUCGAGUUCUUAUCUCUGGAACCUUGCGAGAAGAUGGCUCGGGUGGCCUUGCAUUGGUGUGCCUCCAGCUACGCCUGGCCGCACGCUUUGGCCCUGCUGCCCGACGUCAACGCCGUGGAAGCCGACAACGCCUAUGCGUUGGCGCUGGAGGCCUGUGAGGAAGCCCUGGAGUGGGAGCAGGCUUUAGCCUUGAUGAGUUACCAGAAACGCCACCGGCGACGUGACUGCCCUAUGCUCCGCCGAGAUGAGUUAAUGGAGCUGAUUGGUUGA